AUGGCCAAAUCAGGUUGCUGUGAAGCUCUUAAGUGUCAGAAAAUGGUCUCUAGCGGUAUUCAGUGUGACUGCCGUGGUUACUGGUACUACCAAGACUGUGCCCGCAUAGAACGUAACGCGUACGAAGCUUACGUGGGAAACGACACCUUACAGUGGCUCUGCUACAUAUGCUUAGCACUGGCGGAGGGGACAGGUCGACAACCCAAUCUAAAGGCAGGUAGCCCCGUCGUGAAAAUCCGGAACUCACUAGAUUCACAGUUGGAUCUGAGAAAAAUUGUAAAAGAAUUAGCAGGGAAAGGUACCACGCUAGAGAAGGAGCUGUCGCUUCUCAAGAAACGCAACGACAUUGCCAUGGACAGAAACACGAACAUCAUCAUUUAA